UAUUAUCGUAAUUUUAUCUAAAAAAAUAGGUACUAUACUGGCAAAUAUUUUGUAUUGAAUCAUCUGCAUAGUAUAAACAAAUAACCGAUCCCUUGAUGAUAAACAACAUGGCGACCCCCAUGAUUCGAAGACUAUGUAUGAAUUUUGGACGUCUCACCUAUCCAGUCCUGAAGUCAGCAUCGACUCAAAGGGUCUUGAAAUGUGCUUCAACUUCAAUAAGAAACGUAUGCCGUUCCAAAGUUGCCAGUGCCACUGGCACAGGACUGGGCAUAUCUUAUGCAUUGCUUGGGUUCAGCUUUGGGAAAAAGGCAGAAAAAGAGAGUGAUCCUCUGACUGAGACGUAUCGAGAAGCAAGGCUGGCUCAUGUUCGUCAAGACUUACAGCGAGCUGAUGAAUUGUAUCAUGAGGCUUUAAAGUUGGCAGACGAUAUGCUGAAGACAGAACAAAUCACGGCUGACAAGCACCUCACAGCUCGCACGUUGAUGUACGAUGGUUUGGCAGAUAUUGCCAUGCAGACGGGACAGAUGGAACCGGCUGAAGCUCUUUAUAAGGAGACCAUGAAAGGCUGCUUUCAACAAGGUUUAGCCCAAGACCACAACGUGAUCAUCGAGAUCUCCCUCAAGCUGGCAAGCAUUUACGCCAUGCAGGGCAAAAAGACAGAGGCUGAGGAGGGAUACAAGUUCUGCGUGGCCAUGCAGACACCCAAGAUGGCCGCCCGGGAGAAGCAGUGGGUGGACAGCGACGGGAAGAAGAAGAAGGUACACAAGAUGGACCUCUCUAAAGAGGCGUUGGCAGAGACAGAACAAGACACGGCCGUUCUUCUAGGCAUGAGUUUGGGAAGUUACGGUCGCUUUUUGAUGUAUGAGAAACGUUAUCAGGAAGCUCUGCCUUUGUUUGAGCGUGCGAGAGUGUACGCCAAAAAUACCAUGGGCAUGGACACCAACCAGUAUGUGGUCAUUCUCAACGACAUUGCAACCCUGUUUAUCGUCACCAAAAACUUUGACAAGGCGGAGAAUGUACUCAAAGAAGGUAUAGAUAUCUCUGAGAAGGCCAAGCUGCCCGAAGCUGCCGUCCUGCACUGUAACAUGGGGGCGUUAAAUCUGAGACGGGGGGAGGUGACCCAGGCCAUGAAGAGCUGUCAACAAGGUCUGGAGUGUGCCAAGAAGUUCGACCACAAACUGGCCUACAGAAUGGCAGAGGCGUGCUUGAAGAAAGGAGCCAGUGUGGAGGCAAAGUCAUCAUAGCUACUGAGAUAAACUGGCUGCAGGGGCGAGACAGACCGAUACUCCCAGCUUGUUAUUCCUGGAACUUUGCUUUACUUUCAGGUUGUUGUUUUUUGCAUAUGAGAGUUUUUCUGGUAAUUCUGUUUGUAUUGUGCUGGACUGUGAUCCGAAUCUCAAGUGUGAUGUUCUUGAGCUUGGGUUGUUUGGCUCUCUCGGUCCUGUCGGAGAUGGACAUUUCAUUCAGAGGUCCCGCCUCUUUCGUAACUUUAUAAAUGUUAAAAGGGGCAUUUAAUCUGUACAAUUACCAAUUUUAGGGUAAAUAUGAUAUUCUUUAUUGUUCAGAACUGAGCAGACUAAUUUGGACUAAGAAUUAAAAAGACAAAGCAACAUUAAGAAUGUGAAAAUCCCAAUGAGAAAAACUUGGGAGAAGAAUCAUGUGGUUGUGUCCUUUUGGUUCUUUUGAUGUCCUUGACAGUGAUUGCUUCUUUGGAGGUAGGAUAUUAGCAAUGGAAGACCCGAGAAUAAGACUGCCUCAGUCCAAAUUCUCAAACACUUGAUAUAGUACAGGUACGGGACUUGAAUAAAGCUGUUGUUUUACUCCAAUACUUGGGAGGUAGUAAUACAGGGAGGGAAAAGUGUAAAUAAACCUGGAAGAUAUUUUCCAUCAGACCUUGGGCUGCACUGGGCAAGUCAAAAUGUGUUACCACAAGUCCAACACUACAGCCUACAGAGUCCUUUGGUUACUGCAAUGUACAUACUUAUGAUGACAUUGAUGUCUUAUUAAUUUCCCAAAUGCUGGUAGAAAAAAUAAAAUGAAAUUUAUGAUUAAGA